AACGAAUUGAGCGCAUUUAAUGAUUUAAACCAAGAAAAAAUAACAAAUCAGUUAAAUUCUUAACUCUUACCAUCAGAAACACGGGUCAUGGCUUAAUAAAUCCACAAAAAACACACACUUUACAGCACAAAUUCACGAAAUAAACGAUAUAUUUUGUUUUGAUGACAUUUUAUUUAUAAUUUGCAACACUCAAUGUUUUUGUUGUCAUCACUGUUGCCAUAACAACAUGCAUCCACGGUGCAAGAAACUGAACGGGACAGCGGGUUAUGCCAUUAAUGGCGGACGAAAAAUCUCAAAUUUUGAAAUUUAUAGAAAAAUUCUGGUUUUCUUAGCAAAAAAUCGAAAGAUUUGGUAAGAAAUGAUUCAAUUUUUAGAGAUAAAUUGCAUCUACGUUAGUAUUUCUAUGUAAUUAUGUUUUAAAUUGUAGAAUUUAUCAGUUUAUGAACUCGUAUUAAACGUUCGUAUGAGCGGUAUGAAUUUUAUAUUGAUCGAAAUAUUAUACGAAGGUAGUAUUUGGCUUGCGAAGUACAGGACAUGAAUUUUUUGCAGGCUACUAAGGUUGCAUGCUAACGAGCGAUUACAGCAGUCCAUUUGGCAGCAAUUUGAUGGCAUUUUCCCCUUCAAAACAACAGUUUGAAGAUGCAUGUUUGAUAAGAGCUAAUUGGAUUAUUUGAAACCUGAAUUAUAGAUGACAUUACUCAUCAGGAGGAGAGUGCUGGCAUCCAAUGGAUUAAUCGGACUAUUUGCCUACCCAUCCCAGCCUGUUGAUUCUUUAAGUGCCAUGCGCCCGCCCUACUUUAGUAUUUUACUCUGUCUAACACCAGAUGAUUUUACUUGUCAAGUGGAGACUGCUGCCACUCAAUUAGUUAAAUUGUGUAUAUAUAUGCUCACAUGGAUUAUCCACCAAGGCUGGCAUUAAUUUUGUUAAACCCAUUGAGUGUCAAGCACUCUCCACUUGACGAGUAAAAUUGUCUGGCAUUAGACAGAGUAAAAUAAUAAAGUAGGGCGCAUCUGGGUGCAUUGCCAAUGACAGGGUUAUAACCCUUUAAGUGGCAAUGCACCCUACUCAGACAAUUUACUCUGUCUAACGCCAGACAAUUUUACUCUGUCUAACGCCAGACAAUUUUACUCUGUCUAACGCCAGACAAUUUUACUCUGUCUAACGCCAGACAAUUUUACUCUGUCUAACGCCAGACAAUUUUACUCUGUCUAACGCCAGACAAUUUUACUCUGUCUAACGCCAGACAAUUUUACUCUGUCUAACGCCAGACAAUUUUACUCUGUCUAACGCCAGACAAUUUUACUUUGUCUAAUGCCAGACGAUUUUACUCUGUCUAACGCCAGACAAUUUUACUCUGUCUAACGCGAGACGAUUUUACUCUGUCUAACGCCAGACAAUUUUACUUGUCAAGUGGAGAGUGCUGCCACUCAAUGAGUUAAUAUUCAUAGUCUUGUCUAUAAUAAACUUGUAAUAUAAUCCUACAUAUGUUUUCACAGUAUCAAAUAUAGAUGGGCGCGGCAAGAUCAGCCCUGACGCGAACUGUACGACGUCCUUUACAAGCACAACGACAGAUCGACAAAGCAUUGGAUGGUCAGCCAACACUCGCACCAAAACAUCAAACUACCAAAGACUUGCUUGACACAGCGAAACAAGGUGCAGAGUACCAUACUCAUGUAUAUGUGGUUGAAUUUUCAUUGGUAGCAUUAAACCCAUUAAGUUCAUAAAUUGCAUUGCACCCAAAUGCACCCUACUUUAUUAUUUUACUCUAGAGCUGUGCACCAGAGCCAGAGCUCCGGCAUAUUUUCGGCAGACAAAAUUAUGAAAAAUUAUUUCAUAUUUCAAUGAACUUUUGGUAAUGGAAAAAUUAAGUUGAAUGAUUUGAAGUUACUAUAAAGUUUAAUUACUUGCUCCGAUCCGAUUUGUGGCCUCGAAACUUCUGCAGGCGCAUUGCUAUUGACCCGAUGUAUUUUGGGCGAAAUGUAUUUUGGGCUGCCAUGCGGUUUUACUUUCUACAAAACAUUGUUUAAAUGAGCACCGAAGCACAUAUAUUUGAUAAGUAAAGGAGAAAGCUCAAAAAGGAAUAAAAUAAAUUCUGAAAUUACACUGAAAUACUUUCGCCCGCUUCUACUUUUAAAUAUGAAAUUUCCUUAAAAUUUCCUUGCUGGAGCAGGAGCCAGAGUUUUGACUGCUGCAGCUGGAUUCAGAGCCAGACUAACUAAUGCCGGACUAUUUUACUCAUCAAGGGGAGAGUGCUGAUACCCAAUGGGUUAAGCAAACCAUCUGCCUACUGUACAUGUCUUUUUAACCCAUUGAAUUGCAUUGCAUCCUAAUAUGCUCUUGUUUAUUAUUUUACUCUGUCUAAUGCCAGACAAUUUUACUCAGCAAGGGGAGAGCACUGGUUCUCAAUUAGAACAUACAGUAUGAUCUAAAUAUAUAUCUAUAUCAAAAAAGAUAAUGUCCUUCCAAACUCUAAACCUUAAACCUUAAACUCUGAGCACGAAAAGGGCAAUGGGAACAUUGCUAAUCUCGGCUGUAUGCACAAGGAUUAUGACAAUUAAGUCUCCCGAUUAAAUACGGCAAACACUGUGUGUUGAUUGCCAUAUAUUGCCCUUUCGCGCUUAGAGUUUAAGGUUAAAAGCUCAAGGUUUAGAGUUUCGAAGGACCUUUUUUGAAUUAGCUGUCAUAUAUGAUGAUAUUAUGGUAUAUCUAACUCGAGAACAUUUUUUUCUUAUCGUAUUACCGAGUGAACAAUAUAACCCUUGCAGAACUACAGUAGUACCGUUCGAUGCUGAAUUAAUAUAAACGAGUAUGUUCAUGACAUUCAGUAUGAUCUGACAAAAAAAUCAUUGUUGCAUUUAGAAAAUCAAGCCAAGUUUGAAUUACAUAACACAAGAAGUGAAGAAUAUCUUGAUCUUUUGAAACAAAUCCGCGUCGAUUCUAUUGAUGUUCAAGAUCAGGUAGGAAAAUGCAACUAUAGACAGGAAUCGAACUUGCGCGGCCCUGCGAUUGCGGUGCAGCGCUCUAACCAACUGAGCUACAGAGGCCAGUUCACGACUUGUUUAUAGGUCUAGUACAAAUGUUAAGGUUACAGAACACCUUUGAGUGUUAAUUUUUCCUAAAAUUUUUUUAUUGGUUUCCAUGAAAGCAUUAGACUAGUUCUACUAUCUGACCAAGUUUGGACGAAAAAUGUUGAAAACUCGCAGAGUUAUUCAAUAAAAUACAUUUCGCCGCAAUAAGAAAAACAUUGAAAAUGUAAUAUUCAAAUUCAAUUUUCUCCCGAAGAAUUUUACGGCAAUUACUGAUUUUCAAACGAGUUGUGCUCCUGCGGGUUUUGACCAAUUUUUCUCAAAUUUUCACAGGACAUAGCUAAAGACGUCAGUUUCAAAAUUGUGUUCGGCUUUUUUAAAAUUUUGGAUACUUUAAUAAUAAAGAGCAAUUCUCUUGAGCAACAAUUCAGAAAUAUAUUGCAGUCGUUAAAGAAAUCGCCAUAUCAGCGGAAUGACGAAAUAAACAAAAAAUUCCGAACACAAUUUUUUAGAACAACUAUUUUACUGUAUAAAAAUGAUAUUUUCAUAAAUAUAACUUAAAACCAGCAGGAGCACAACUCAAAAGCGUAACGGUUAGCACAAUUUAAGAUUUUCCUGAAUAAUUCUUAUAUUAUUUUAUUGUUUGUUAAUUUUACAACUUUACCAUAUUUUGCAUACACUGGCGAACAUUUGGUGAAAAUUUUAUUCAAAUCGGACUGAUAUUGAGCGCGCAGUAGCGAUUUUCCGCAAAACGCCAAAAAGGGUGUCCUGUAACCUUAAGAUAAAUAUUAAUGCCCAGCAUAAAAUACGUAAAAGAGCUAUAACAAAAAUAUAGUUUAAAAUAUUUAUUAGUACAAAUGUAAUAUUUAUCAUCAUACAAAUACAUGUAAUUUGACAGUGAUUCAGUUAUCUCAAAUUCACGCUAUCCCGAACUUUUGUGGGGUUUCAAAAAUUAUAACAUUAAAAAUCUCACAGCUUUUCAACAAGAUGUGUUCGUACUGCUUGUUCCCAGAUGUUGACAAGUCUGGAACAAGUUGUUAUCAUCUUGUAACGAGGUGGAUGAGGCCAACAGACUCGCAACAAGUUGUUCCAACAAGUCUGAUAUCGUCUGCACGUAACAAGUUGUUAACAAGUUGAUGACAACAAGCUCGUAGCAACUUGUUACGAACAGCCUGUAUUAGUCUUGUUGGAACAACUUGUAGCAAGUCUGUUACCGUCAUCAACCUUGUAACAAGAUGAUAACAACUUGUUCCAGACUUGUCACAACAACUGGGAACAAGCAGUGCGAACACAUCCUGAUAUCGACUUCACAACAACCUUGUUACGACUUGUUUGCAGAUCUGCGUUUGUAAAAUUGAGUAUCCCUGGGGACAUAAAUUAAUCGUAUACCAUUUAUCAUUUUUCUAGAACACCUCAGAAAAUGACAAGCAAUCGGCCUCGCCUUCUACCAUUACAACUGGAAAACUUACAUCUGAACAAUUAGCAUUCCUGUUUCAACAGCGAAUGACCAAUCCUGACGAAUGGAAUGAAGAAAAAAUUGCAACUUAUUUUAAACUGCCUUCAAAUUCUGUUGAGAAUUUGAUAAAAUACUACAGUGACUUCAAUGUUCAGGAAGCUCCUAAAAUUCCCGAGCCUUUGGCUGAGAUAACACAUUGAUUUAAACAUAGAGAUAUAAAUGAUUUUCAAAC